AUGGCACUGUUGGCUCUUCCACUGAAGCGUAAAUUUUCACCCGACGACAUUUUUUUCCAACUAGGAAACCUCGAAAUACGUGCACUAUGGUUAAUGAAACAGGCAAUCAUUCCUAAAGAUCAAGAGUAUAUUAAAAAGGAGAUAGAUAACAUAACUGGCUUUACUUCGCCAGUUGUAUGUACACAACAACCCUGGUGUAAACGGAACCCUUUAUACUUUCCAACUGCGGCGGCAUAUGAAUCACACUAUAAUGCAUCUCACAGACAUGUCUGUUCGGAGUGUAAGGCUGUUUUCCCAAAGCAGCGAUUCCUCGAGUUACAUUUGAAUGAGAUUCACAGUACUCUUGUGCAAUUGCGAAGAGAACGAGGUGAGAAAGUGUACGAAUGCUUCGUUGAGGGAUGUAAAAAGAAGUUUUCAACGGUGAAAAUGAGACGAUUGCAUACCAUUGACGCGCAUAAAUACCCAAAGAAGUUUUACUUUGCGAUUAUCAAAUACGGAAUCGUGCCGUAUAGCAUUCGCCGUCAACAGACACAAUCCCGGGGCCGGAACACACAGAUAAACAGACAAUCAGCAUCGCUUCCAUCCUCGUCAACGUCUGCGUCGACCUCUCAUGAUGAACCCGCUAGUAUGGAAGGGUUAGUCUCUUCAAUGUCAAGGAUGAGACUGGACACUGGUAAUACCGGCAUGGAAGUUGAUGAAAAAAUUGACGAGAUGGAAAUUAUCGAUACCGCCAAGGGAGAUACUGUCUAA